AUGAGCUACAGUUCCCAUUAUGAGACGACAUCUGCCGUGCAGCAACUGAUUGCCCAAGACAUGGAGAUUAUGUUGGUCAGAAGCCAGACCCGGGACAUAUUACCCUUACCUGAUAUUUCUAUCAUCGAGGCCUUCUUGGAAGAAUAUCUCCGCCGCAACUUAUAUCAGCGGUAUCCGAUACUCAGUCCUGGUUUUUUCCAGGCUACUGUUACCGCUGCUUAUGAUACGAGCUGGCCAUAUACACGCAACAUAAGCCAUAGGGCUUGCGUGUUUUCUUUUAUUGCACUAAUGUGUGUCCUCUGCCAAGAUCUUGUGGGGCAAUACCCGUCCAUUGAUGGUGAGAUGUGUGCUAUAAAUGCCCGGUGUCUCAUGGCCCAGGCCCUAAACGGAGAGGCUUCUUUUGAGCUGGCCCAGGCCGCGACAACUCUGGUGAGCGCUGCCUGGCUCGCCUAUCACGGCGUCCUGCUCGUGCACGCAAAGCUAACCUCUCCCGACCUUUUCCUUCUGCAGGCCCUCCACGGAACUCUUUGCAACUCCUUAUCCGUAUCAAUCCAUUUCAACUCAAUCGCUGCUCGCCUUGUCUUCUUGCUUGGCGGACACACUGCGUCAUUCCAGGGCGAAGCCUCUACACCAGAGACGGGGGAACAUUAUGGUACACUCCAGAUUAGAAACCUCUUCUGGAUUUGCUAUUUUGUUGACAAAGAUCUCGUCUUCCGAACGGGACUACCUCCUUCAAUCGAUGACUCGUAUUGCAACCUUUCAUUGCCACCUAACUAUGUCGCAACCUUCUAUUCACAGGCGCAGGGCUAUGCGACACCGGCAGUACCCAUGGAAACGGCAAUGUUUGUUUUCGAUAUCCGCCUAUGCAUUAUAAAAUCUCGAAUCUAUACACAGCUCUAUUCGGAAAAGUCCUUGCUGCAACCUGAAGCAGAGACGGAAGAUGUGAUUCGUCAUCUUGAAACCACACUCGGCGCAUGGAAACUUUCUUUGCCCAUGGACGCUCAACCAGCCUCCAUUGGCUUUCCUUGUAUUCCUCGCGAAACCAAGGUUCCCCUUGGCCUUUUGUUUACUUGGAUCGAAUACUACCACUGCGCGUCCAUCCUCCACCUCGCACGCAGCCAUUUAUCCCACGGCAACAUCCUGCGGGUAGUAUCAGGGACUUAUGACAUGCCAGGCGAGUUAAUGGUUCCAAUCGCGGCGAGCAGAAUGAUAUUGCAGCAACUCAAUAACACUAUUCAACGAGAAUCCCUCUCAGUCCACUUGUCUCUGGCAAUGUUCGUUCCAACUGUCCCUCGCGGCUGUUACGAUAUUCUGGAACAUCCUCCACUGCUCUACGUCCUGCGAUAG